GUGUUUCUGUCACAUAUCACGUUAUGAUUAUGGCACGUUAGGGUUUUGCUUGUCCAUUGUCGUUAGACAUUCAAGCUUUGAUGAUAGUAGCUCAAUGUAGAGAUAUGCUUUGUUGUAUCUAAAAAAUGUUUAUGCUGUUACGACUAUGAUUAUGUGUUUUCACUUGCUUUUGCAGAAAUGAAUAUAUAUUGUUAAUGGACAUGCCACAAAGUCCCACUGAAUAGCCACCCAGGCAUCAGUGCCCACAUCCCGCUGUCCCCAUGACAACCCCUCCUCUGGCCCAGUUCCCUGGGCAACAGGCUCAGGCAGCUCGGGAUGUGAAUACAGCCUCGCUAUGUCGGAUCGGACAGGAGACGGUGCAGGACAUAGUCUUACGAACCAUGGAGAUCUUUCAGCUGCUGAGAAACAUGCAGCAACUUAUCCCCUAUGUAGAGGAUGACAGUUCUAAACCGGAUGACCGAAUGGCCAAUCAAAUGCGUGCAGCCAGCGAAGAGAGAAGAGAAGUACUGGAAGUUAAUAAGAAACUCAAACAGAAGAACCAGCAGCUGAAGAUGAUUAUGGACCAGCUCAGAAACCUCAUCUGGGAGAUCAACUCCAUGCUGGUUGUCAGGAGCUGAACACACAUGUGUGUGUGCACAUAGAGUCAGUGCUGUACAUACACAGCCUGUGUUCGCUGCAUUCACGAGCUCUGCUUUCAGCGGGACACGCAAGAUAGAUGCAGGAAAGAGCAGCGAGGCACAAAAUUGAGAGAAGGUAGGAAGCAAAAAGAGGACUGAACUGAAGAAAUUCUGCUGCAUUCAUAACACACGGUUGAAAUACCAUUCGGUUCAGCUGACUUGGAUCCAAUUUUCAACCUGAUGAACAUUAGGAGGUCUGAGCAGUCUGCUCAUUCACUCAGAUAUGCUUUAAAAUGAACCUUUUACGCAAGUAUAUUCCUCAUAUUUUGCAUGAGUGAUAGCUCCUAUUUACUGUUAAACUGUGUAGCUCUCAAUCAUAACUUAUAGAAAAAUAAUGUGUGAAACAUUGCAUAUUAGUGUGGUGUUAAUAUAUUUAAGUAUAAACCUUAUACCAGUGCGUCUCGACUGCGUCAUACUUUUGUGGUCGUGUUUGGGGAAAAAAAAACCUCAAGAACAAAUUAUCUGAUUUUAGUAUUAGAUAUAAAAGCAUCCUUCUCAAAAAGAAAAAAAAAUUGCACAGCCGUUUACAGUAGCCACACAAUAAUUAGUGCUGAAUUUCAGCAUGUACACUGUA